AUGUAUGAUACUCAGACCGUUAAUACAAUUCAUAGAUGUAUGAUACUCAGACAGUUAACACAAUUCAUGGUUGUGUGUUACUCAGACCGUUAUCGCAAUUCAUGGAUGUAUAAUGCUGAGAGCGUUAAUUACGAUUCAUGGAUGUAUGGUUUUCAGACCGUUAAUACAAUUCAUGGAUGUAUGAUUCUCAGACCUUUAACACAAUACAUGGAUGUGUGUUACUCAGAAUGUUAUCGCAAUUCAUGGAUGUGUAAUGCUGAGAGCGUUAAUUACAAUUCAUGGAUGUAUAAUGCUGAGAGCGUUAAUUACAAUUCAUGGAUGUAUAAUGCUGAGAGCGUUAAUUACAAUUCAUGGAUGUAUAAUGCUGAGAGCGUUAAUUACAAUUCAUGGAUGCAUGAUUUUCAGACCGUUAAUACAAUUCAUAGAUGUAUGAUACUCAGACCGUUAAUACAAUUCAUAGAUGCAUGA